CAGACCCCGCCCCCUCCCUCGCCUGACCCGGGGCUGCGUGACCCGCGCGGGGAGACGGAACUUAGCGAUCAUGGUGGCGCUGGGGGUCGCGUUGGGGCUGUUGCUGCCCUUAGUCCUGUGGGCCCACACGCAUGCAGGUGCCGGUUUUCGGUUUGCGUCCUACAUCGGUGAUUACAUGGUGCUACAGAAGGAGCCUGCCGGGGCAGUGAUUUGGGGCUAUGGCCUACCUGAAGCCACAGUGACAGUGACGCUGUGGCGAGAGCAGGAAACCCUCAUGAAGAAAGUGACUCAUGUGGAAGCACACUCUAAUAAAUGGAUGGUGGUACUGGACCCUAUGAAGCCCGGUGGACCUUAUGAAGUGACGGCACAGCAGACUUUUGAAAAAAUGAACUUAACUGUGGGAGUUCAUGAUGUCUUAUUCGGAGAUGUCUGGCUUUGCAGUGGGCAAAGCAACAUGCAGAUGACGGUUUCACAGAUAUUUAAUGCUGUAAGUGAGCUGGCCAACACCACGGCCUACACGUCUGUCCGCAUCCUCUCCGUGUCUCUCAAUCAGGCAGAGCAGGAGCUCGAGGAUCUCGCUGAGGUUGACUUGGAGUGGUCUAAGCCCACCGCAGAAAACUUAGGCCAUGGGAGUUUCGAGUACAUGUCGGCCGUGUGCUGGCUCUUCGGGCGCAACCUGUACGACACGCUGCGGUAUCCCGUUGGGCUGGUCUCCUCUUCGUGGGGCGGCACCCCCAUUGAAGCCUGGUCAUCCGGAAGGUCGCUGAAAGCCUGCGGGGUCUCUAAGGAAGGGUUCACUUCACCGGUUUCUAUAAGUGGCCCCAGUAAACACUCUGUUCUCUGGAAUGCCAUGAUCCAUCCACUACAUAAUAUGACUCUGAAAGGCGUGAUAUGGUACCAGGGGGAGGCCAACAUCGACUUGAACAGGGACCUGUACAACUGCACAUUCCCCGCGCUCAUUGGGGACUGGCGCCAGACCUUCCACCUCGGCUCUCAGGGGCAGACGGAGCGCCUCUUCCCGUUUGGGUUUGUGCAGUUGUCUGCAGUUUUGUCCGAUGAAGACUCAGAUGAUCGAUUUCCCCAGAUCCGUUGGCAUCAAACAGCAGACGUUGGCUAUGUCCCCAACCGAAGGAUGCCCAACACUUUCAUGGCUGUAGCUAUGGACCUCGGUGACAGGACCUCGCCUUUCGGCAGCAUCCACCCUCGAGAUAAGCAGACUGUGGCCUACCGGCUGCACCUGGGGGCCCGAGCUGUGGCUUAUGGGGAGAAGACGCUGACCUUCCAGGGACCACUGCCUGAGAAGAUAGAGCUCUUGGCCGACAAGGGGCUGCUCAGCCUCACGUACUCCCAGCAAAUUGAGGUGCAGAGGCAGGACCACGAGAUAUUUGAGAUCUCGUGUUGUGGUGACCAUCAGUGCAAGUGGCUUCCAGCUCCCAUGAACACUUCCUCCACCCAGACCCUGGCCCUGAGUAUCAGUUCUUGUCCCGGCGCCGUGGCCGCUCUCCGCUAUGCCUGGGCCACUUGGCCUUGCGAAUACAAACAGUGUCCCCUAUACCACCCCAAGAGUUCCCUGCCAGCCCCUCCCUUCAUUGCUUUUAUUGCAAACCAGAUGCCUGGACAUCACAGCAAGGCUGCGAUGAUUUAGUGCAGUAGGAUCAGAUCUUAGACAUAAGUAAAUGACAACAAAAAAAUAGAUUUAAUUUUGAUUCAUUUACACCAAUAGCUAUUAUUGUGUUGGCUGUUGGGUGUUUUUUUUUGUUGUUUUUUUUUGUUUUUAAAUUUGACAAUCUAAGGGAAAAGAGGUCAGUGCCAUGACUAAAUAGUCAGGUAUUGCAUGUUUUAAAAAUUAGAUUUGGGCAUUUAGGAGUUUAAAUGAUGACAACUGUUGCUUUUAAAGGAAAUUAACAGAAAAACUUCAUUGAAGAGUUCCCAGCCAGCCUGGGGCUAUUUCUGUAUUCUGAGAGGAGCCAGGGCUGGUGAACAAUGAAAUGCCUGCCUUUUGUCCUCUAGUUGGGCUGGCGCCUGUAUUGGACUCAUGCCAACCUACAAGCAAAUUGAACCUCAAUGUCAUUCACUUCUCAUAACUGGGAGUGGAACAUCUAGCUCAGCCGUGGGCAAACUAUGGCCCGCGGGCCGGAUCCGGCCCAUUUGAAAUGAAUAAAACUAAAAAAAAAAAAAGACCGUACCCUUUUAUGUAACGAUGUUUACUUUGAAUUUAUAUUAGUUCACACAAACACUCCAUCCAUGCUUUUGUUCCGGCCCUCUGGUCCAGUUUAAGAACCCAUUGUGGCCCUCGAGUCAAAAAGUUUGCCCACCCCUGAUCUAGCUGGCCCACAUGGCCUUGAAGUUUCUUCCAACCCUCGUUUCCUCAGUUCUGGGUGUAAGAGGACAACGUGUUAGAUGUUUCCCUCUAAGCCAAAUACAGUUCUGCUCUUUCAGUUCCAAUGAUGAUAAUGUGGAUGGUGAAAGCUAACAAAGCAGAACCAUGUGUAGGCACUUGGGGAGGUACUGAGGGCAGCCUUAGGAAUGAAGAGAAAGGUGAAUGAAGUGUGGUAAAGAAGGUGCUCAGGCUGCCAGCAACAGGUCCUGGGGAUCACCAGCUGAGAAAGAUGUGACAUUGGAGGUCACUGAGGAGCAAGCAGGUUGUUAGAGAUCAUUAUAAAUCUCAGGCCCUGGCCAGCACUGCUCAAUGAUCAGAGCGUUUGCCCACGAACCCAAGGGUCAUGGGUUCGAUUCUGGACAAGGGCACAUACCUGGGUUACAGGUUCCCCGCCCCGACUGGGGCUUGUGCUGGAGGCAGCCAAUUGAUGUGGCUCUCUCACACAGAUGUUUCUCUCCUCUCUCUCCCUCCCACCUACCUCCCUUUCACUCGCUCUAAAAUCAAUGGAAAAAAUAUCCUCCAGUGAGGAGUAACAAAAAAAAACAAAAAAAUACAUGUCGGCUCUUUAAAGGUACGAGUUUUAACUAUAAAAACGAUAAUCCAGAUGGAAGAAAAAAGUGAGGCUGGAAGUGAAGCUACUUGAUAAGUAUUUAGAAAAAUAAUCCCAUGGGACAAAUGUGAAAGAGGGCUCUUGUGUGUACUGUUAAGAAUCAAUGCUGUUUAUUGGUUGAUUAAAACCAGCUCACGGCUCUUGACGAUUGUGUGUUGUCUAUUAGAAGUUAGAAAUGGAAGUGUAAGUCACACAUGGUUUGAAGGGAUGCAGGGUGAGAAAUGCCCCAUCAGGCAGUUUUGUCAUAUGAACAUGAGAGUGUACUUACACAAACCUAGAUGGUGAACCUACUGCUCCUGGGCUCCAAGCCCAUACAGCAUGUCACUGUACCACUGUAGGCAGUUUUAACACAGUGGUGUUUGUGUAUCUAAACAUACAAGAGGUACAGUGACAAAAUGGUAUAAAGGAUAAAAAACGGUACAUCUGUCCAGGGCAUUUACCAUGAAAGGAGCUUGCAGGACUGGAGUUGCUCCGGGCGUCAGUGAAGUAAGUGGUGAGUGAAUGUGAAGGCCUAGGUCUGCACUACUGCAGACUUUAUGAACACCGCACACGUAGGCUGCUCUAAAUUAACAUAAAAUAUUCUUCUUCAAUAAUUAAUGAACCUUUGCCCUGAUGGGUUUGGCUCAGUGGAUAGAGCAUUGGCCUGUGGACUGAAGGGUCCCAGGUUCAAUUCUAGUCAUGGGCAUGUACCUUGGCUGCAGGCACAUCCCCAAUAGGCGGUGUGCAGGAGGCAGCUGAUCGAUGUUUCUCUCUCAUCAAUGUUUCUGUCUAUCCCUCUCCCUUCCCCUCUGUAAAAAAAUCAGUAAAAUAUAUUUUAAAAAAUAAAAUAAAAAAAAAUGAACCUUAGCUUACUGUAACUUUUUUACUUUAUAAACUAGAUAGUUAAGCUCAGGUUACUUUCAUCCCCAAAAACCUACAGCACACAGUUUGAAAAACGAGGAUUAGGAAGUGGAUAUGUUAAUGAAGUCAUCUAAAAUUUAUUUUUAAUUCAGCCAAGGUUGAAAAUUGAAAAAAUUCCGUGGGAACUCAGGUUAUUUCUCAAAUGAAAUAACAUUUUACUGUUGGAAAAAUGAAAUUUAUAAUCACUGUAGAUGAUUUGGACGCUAAUAAAAAGUAUAAGCAAGUAAAAAUUACCCCGAAAUUCAUCAUUUGGAGAGAAACACUAAUAUUUUGGUGAACAGUCACUUUAUUUGUUUGGGUCAUAUUUUACACACUAAUUGGAUAUUAUUUUUAAUCUGUUUUUUACCUGUUCUAACAAAAUAAUUUUCCUAUGUAAAUUGAAUAUGGAUUUAGUGUGACAUUUUGUGGAAACCCCAUUUAAAAAAAUGUUUUUUAUUGAUUUUUUUGAGAGAAAGAAACAUCUAUCGGUUGCCUCCUGCAUGCACCCCAACUGGGGACUGAACCCACAACCUGGGUAUGUGCCCUGACUGGGAAUCAAACCUGCGACCUUUCGGUGCCUAGGAUGACUCUCAACCAUCUGAGCCACAGUGGCCAGGGAUGGGAGCCCCAUUCUUUAAGUAAUUCCCCAUUAGUGGACAACCAAUUUUUUUGUAAUUUUCCACAGUAUCACUAAUACUGUGAUAAUUGUUACUUGCAAACUAAUUUCCUUAGGGCCCUUAAUGUGGAAUAACAGGUUUAGGAUAAAUAUAUUUAAAAUUUUGAUACCAACAGCUUUAUCUUCCCAAGAGAUCAACAGUUUACAUUCCCAACAAGGUAUAGUCCCAUUUUUUUAUCUCAUUCUCAUUGAUACUGCACGUUGUCAAAUCCAAAACAUCCUUAAUAAUUCAGUAGAUGAAAAGAUAUUUUAAGUAUAAGGCAGUAUUUUUCAAGUUUUUAAAAA